AUGUACAAAUUUCGAGAAUUACUUACACGACAGGCGGAACCUGAGCGAAGAGCGAUGGUGAAUGUGACAGCGUCUGAAAUAAAGUCAACAGAGGUGAUGAUCUGCCGCUUGGUUCAACAAGAUCAGUUUGCAGUUGAGUUAAAGGCGUUGCGUAAGGGUUUGCCUAUAAGUAAAUCCAGUCCACUUUUUAAAUUAACUCCUGUGCUCGACGACGAAGGGGUUAUAAGGCUGGGCGGACGUAUAGAUAACGCGACGUGUGUGCCUCUCUGCACAAGGAGGCCAGUAGUCCUCCCAAAGAAACAUGCUUUGUCAUCACUUAUAGCGCGGCAUUAUCAUGAAGUGUUCCGGCAUCAGAACGAAGAAACAAUCAUAAGUGCGAUUCGGUAUAAAUUUUGGAUACCGAGUUUGCGACGGCUUAUGCGAUCAACUAAGAAUGGGUGUCAGGUAUGCAAGAACUUAUCAGCCGCUCCCGAGACACCAUUAAUGGGGCAAAUACCGAAAGACAGACUUACUCCAUUUGUGCGCCCUUUCUCAUACACGGGUGUGGAUUAUUUUGGGCCUAUACAGAUAUCCAUAGGGCGUCGUCAUGAGAAACGAUGGGUGGCAAUAUUCACCUGCUUAACGGCACGGGCAGUGCAUCUGGAGUUGGCCAGAGACCUGUCAUCGGAUGCGACUAUAUUAUGUCUUCGGAACUUCGUGAAUCGCAGAGGAAUCCCUGUGCGAAUAAGAAGCGACCAGGGUACAAAUUUUGUCGGAGCCAGCAAGGUAGAAUGGCUACAGAGCCAACGUAACAUGGCAGAGGAGUGCACGCGGCGUGGCAUUGAGUGGAUUUUUAACACGCCUGCGAAUCCAUCGGCUGGAGGUAGUUGGGAACGCAUGGUUCAAGCAAUAAAACGCGUUUUGUCGUUUACGUUGAAAGAGCAAGCGCCGCAGAUUGAAACGCUUCAAAGUUUAUUGAUAGAGGCAGAGAACCUGGUUAACUCCAGACCACUUACACACUUGCCAGUGGAUUCCGAAGAUGCUGAACCAUUAACUCCAAAUCAUUUUUUGUUGGGCUGCCCGAAUUAUGUUCAAACGGCGACCGUACCGGAAAGGGUGUGUUUAAGGAAACAGUGGCACAUCCUGCAGCGUUUGAAACAAACAUUUUGGAAGAGGUGGGUGCUGGAGUAUUUGCCCAUGUUAACUCGGCGUUCCAAAUGGCACAAGCGUGUAACACCCAUACAAGUCGGGGACAUUGUAAUAGUGUGCGAUGAUAACGAGAGCAGGGGGAUGUGGAAACGAGGAAGGGUAAUCGAGGUUUGUGUGGCACCAGACGGUCAGGUGCGUUCAGCAACGGUAAAGACCAUUCAAGGAAAUCUGCGCAGACCGGCGUCAAAGCUAGCUGUACUGGAUGUAGGUGAUUCUAUGGCAUCCGCUUCGAAUCACGAGGGGUGGAAUGUUGCAGAUUAA